AUUAAAAUGCAAAGUAUCAUAGAGUCCAUGAAACAGUGCAAUGCAAUUCGUUAUGCAUCUUAUAGAACUGCAGCAAAGAUGCAGAUCUUGCAUAAAGAACUUAAUAUGCAAUAUAUUCAAUUAAAAUUAAUUGCCGGUGUCUUUGAAAGGCACAGGCUUUCGAUCACCGAGAAUUGUGUAAAUUUAGACCCAAGUGAAAUAGAAGAUGUUCUGUCUGACAUUUAUUUUGCAGCUUGUAAAGAAAAUAAUACCAAUUUUGAUAUUGAUCUCGCAACAAAACUAGCACUGAGUUAUAUCUUAACUACAUUUGAUAAGCAAUGCAGUAGAAGUGUCUCUGUAUUUUGUAUUAAAGUUGCACUGAUAAUAAUUAGCUCUGGCAAACUGCAGGAGAAGUAUGGAUAUCUUUAUCAGCAAUUGGCUGAUCAUAAUGCAUGUUUAUCUAAAGCUAGUUUGCACAUGUUAUUAACAAACAUUUGUAAGCUAACUGAUAUGCUUGGGGAAAAUGCAGUAUAUGGACCUCAACAUAUUCAAUCUCAUGUAGAUAAAUGCUUUUCAAAGUCACAAGGAUGUCUUGGGGUUACUGAAUCUGAAUUUGCCACAUGGAUCAUGGAAGAACCUCCUUUACUUAUUUGGAUAACUACAUUCAAUCGCAUAAAAUUGGCAGACCAUAUUAUACACAAUGUCAGAUGCUCUUCCUGUAAAACAACGCCAAUUCAAGGCCCGCGAUACAUGUGUUUAAAAUGUACAGCAUAUCAUCAGUGUCAACACUGUUUCUUAUAUGACAAAAUAUCGGGGAAGCAUAAACUAAAGCAUCCAGUUCGCGAAUUUUCUACUAAGACUUCGAAUCGAGAAAUAACAAAGUUAAUCAUUGAAUUAAUAAGGAACAAAUUAAGACUGUGUCCUAGUAGAUCCAUCGAAUUGAAUAUUGAUGAUCAAACACCACCAAUUAACAGUAACGAAAUUACGCGUACUGACUGCGAAUCUGUAAGAAGUACGAUAAGAAGACGGGUUUUGAAUGAUCCACAAAAGGAACUUCAAAGUAUAAUUACUCAUUUAGAAGAGGAGAAUCAGCAAUUACAGAUUGAAUUGCUCGAUAUACAGGGUACCAAAGCAGAGAGACUUCAGCGUCAUAGAGCUACGAUCGAAUCUCAGUUGCAACGUUUGAAAUUAUUAAAAAAGUAUUUGUUUGCUGAUAGAUUGUGUAUGCCGGCUGUUAUUAACCAAAUGCAAAGCACGCCAAUGGUUCCUACUCUAUCAUCAAGAUUAACAGCCUUACCUAUCAAUUUCGAAUUAAGCCCGAUUAUUCGACAAGAAUGUACCGAACGAAUUUUAGGUGCAAAUGACACAGACACGUUACAAUCAAAUAAUUUUAAUCCCACUAUAAAUUGUAUCAGCGAAGAGACUCGUGAUACUGUCAUUGAUUCUAGAGAAGCAUCUACUAGUAAUCCACUACAGCCUACCCAAAUAGAAUUGAGUACUUGGAUAGGAGGUAAAAGAUCAGAAAUAAACCCAUCGGAAAGUGGCUUCUCCCAAUGGCUGGGUCCUAAUAAUUCUGACUGCAAGGAAGAACAAUAUUCGCUGAAGACUAUUACAACUAAUUCGGAAAAUAAGCCACCUUUAGGAAUAUCCGAUUCUCCUAUCGGUAUUCACAGAGACAAUACACCAUCUUCUUUGCAAAGACCUGAUAAACAUUCGCAGCACAGCAGCUUGCAAAAUAUCCAAGGUGAUCUAAACGAUAUACUAGACAGAUUACAAAAUAUGGUUACAGAUAAUCGUCUACUUGAUGAUUCUUACGUAGCCAACGACAAUUGUAAGUUAAAGCGCGCUACUUCGGAAAUGGAGGAUUUAUUAACAGGACUCAUUCAGGGUAUGGAGUCUCGAAAAAGUAAACUUACUACAAUCGUGUAA